CAACCCAACCAACCUUUACUUACAUUACAAUGGCUUCCAUAAACAACCAUUCCUCUCUUAAGAGUAUUAUUUCCUUCAUUGCUCUCCUUUCACUUCUCCAUUUCCCAUUUUCGAGUGCGGUUAAGGGUGGCUAUUGGUUUCCCGAUAGCGGCCUAAUCGCCUCGGAAAUCGACUCCACUCUAUUCACCCAUCUCUUCUGCGCAUUUGCCAACCUUAAUACUCAAACCAACCAACUCUCAGUCCCACAACAAUGCUCCUCAUCCUUCCCUCGAACCGUUCGACAAAGAAACCCGAACGUUAAAGCCCUCCUAUCCAUCGGUGGAGGGAGCGUACCAUCAUCAGAUUUCAACAACAUGGCUAGACAAGCAAGCUCCCGAAGAACCUUCAUCGACUCCUCGAUCAACCUAGCCUUAAACAAUGGUUAUGACGGCCUCGACUUGGACUGGGAGCACCAGUCCACAGUCGAGGAAAUGAACAACUUAGGUACCCUCCUUAAUGAAUGGAGGGCCGCGGUAAGAGCCAAGGCUCCGAAUUUAAUCCUAACCGCGGCCCUCCAUUACUCGCCUAGACCUAACCCAGCAGCCACUUUCCCUACACAAGCCAUAAACAACAACCUAGACUUCCUCAAUGUUAUGGCUUACGACUUCUACGCUCCCGCCUGGUCCCCUCGGCCUUACCUCACUCGACCUCACGCCUCGCUCCGUGACCCUACGAGCAGUGUGAGCGGAAGCAGUGGGAUUUCUGCUUGGAUGCAAGCGGGCGUGCCAGCUAAUAAACUAGUCCUUGGCGUACCCUUCUACGGGUACGCCUGGCAACUAUCGAACCCUAACCAAAACGGUAUUUUAGCACCAUCUAAUGGUGGAGACACCAGUGUUGGUCAGGGUACGCCUAGUUAUAGGCAAAUUAGGGACUUUAUUUCGCAACAAGGUGCAACGGUUGUGUAUAACUCUACGUAUGUUACUAACUAUUGUUACUCCGGGACGACUUGGAUUGGUUAUGAUGAUACACAAGCCAUAUCUACUAAGGUCACUUAUGCUAGGAAUACCGGCUUGCUCGGGUAUUUCGCUUGGAGUCUCGGCCAAGACCGUAAUUGGGCUCUUUCUAGACAAGCUUCACAAACAUGGGGAUCGGGGGCACGAGUAACGGACCCAGAAGUAGAAUGGAAUGUACUACAUCCCUUCAGUUUUUAAUUUCCGCACAAGUGUUAUUGUAUAAGAAAACAAAACUUAUCUUUUUAUGUAUGAGAGUAAGCCUAUUAAGGUUAUGUAUCGAUCAAUGUAUGUAUGUAUGUCUAAUAAGUGUCGUCAUAAUUAAUUAGGUGUGAUGUAUACUCAUACCACAUGAGACACAAAAUAAAUGUAGUGUAUGUACGUCAGGCCCGACUUUAAGGAGGUUUUUCCUCACACACGUAACAGGGCCCCCAAAAAUUAGGGGUCCACAAUUUAAAAAAAAAAAAUCAUUGACUUAAAAAAAAA